AUGGCCAAUGAAAUCAAAUUGUUGAAAGAAGAAAACAGUGCUCUCCGAAAAUGUCUCGAAGACUCUAGGUUGUCAUCCUCUCAUAGACAGAACUCCUCUCAGGUCUCUUCUCUCGUUGAAAGGUCUCAUCUUAAGGUUGAUUCUGAGUUGUCAUUUGAAGAAGCCGAGCGCAGAAGAUCUAUUGUAAUCAUAGGUGUACAAAGAUGUCGAGAUACAGUAGAACAUGAUACCCUGUGUGUGCGUCAACUGUUAAAUUAUCUCUCAAUUGAUUGUGCGCCCAUCGCUACGUAUAGAAUGGGACGUCCCAGUAUGAGGUAUAACAGACUUCUCAAGGCGAAUAGCGCACGUGCUUCACGCUUCAUAGAAUUGUGUACAGGUCUGAAUUUCCAUCAGCUCGUUUCGAAGCCUACUCAUGGACCUAAUAUUUUAGAUCUGAUACUGACUAACAAUUCACAGCUCAUAAGUAAUACAAUGAUCCAAACACCAAUUGGUAAUAGUGAUCAUGCAUCUGUCGCUUUUAGCAUCAACCUUGAGGCGGAACAAAAUAGCGAAAUAAUGUCCAUACGUGACUUCGACUGGUAUGGAUCAUUUCAAAGCGUUGAUAUACUAAAUGAAAAAUGUGAGUUUUUAUCUGUAAUUCAUCAUACCAUCGAAUUGUUUGUUCCACUCAAGCCUCAAAAGACUACUGGAGUACAGCUUCCACUUCACUUGAUCAGAUGUAACCGCAAAAAGAAUUCAGCUUGGGCUAAGGCUGUGUCGAGUGAUAACCAAGCAGAUUGGGACGAAUACAACAAAUUGAGAACUACUUUUGAGAAAAGAGUUAGAUGCCGUACCAUCGUUUCCGGUGAUGGAGGAUUCCUUUGGUUCGACAAGGAAGAAAUAUAUAAGUUACUGAUUCGAUGGCCCAGAUCCCGUUCGGAUACACCUGAUCAUGUCCCUCUGGUAUUCAUUAAAAAGGUAGCGCACAUAGUAUAUGGACCGUUGGCCUUCCUCUUAUUUUAUGAGAGCUGA